UGAAUGAAAUUAAAGAUUCAUUCAAUCCCAAACUUGAACAUUAUAAUUGCAUGUACGUAAAUCGAAACUAAUUGGAAUGCAGAAAUUGCACGGAUUAAAAUGUAAACGAAUCAUUGAUAACCACAUGUAAUUUUUUAUAAAUAAUUUCCGUAAAAACAAAGAAUAAUGCGUCGAUAAGCAGAACACAUCCAACGAUCGAAUUAACGUGAUGUUAGUUAUUGCUAUCAUCGUACAGUCUCGCUUAUCAACGUGAAGCGAAGAUAAAAUAAAUAUGCCAAAAUUUGUCGCAAACGGGCGUCCGUCUUUUUUAGAAAUUCGUCAGCGCCAAAUUUAAUGUGCCGAAAAUAUGAAACCAACCAUGGCUGCAUCCUUGACAAAAAGGAUCAUACUUCGACAACUCUCCCAUACACAUCGUUAUUAUGGAUCUGCUUCUAGCGUUGACCCGUGCGGUACGUUCGACCUGAUCAUCGUUGGUGGUGGCAUCGUUGGGUGCGCUACUGCUCGUGAGAUGAUGAUCAGACAUCCUAAUCUAAAGAUGGCGAUCGUCGAGAAAGAAAACGCUCUGGCGAAACAUCAAUCGUCGCAUAACAGCGGCGUCGUGCACGCUGGCAUUUACUAUGUUCCUGGCAGUAUGAAAGCAAAACUGUGCGUGGAAGGUUUAAAACUAUCGUACGAAUAUUUCUGCAAAAACGACAUACCUCACAAGAAGGUUGGGAAACUUAUAGUCGCACAGAAUGUACAACAAGCUAAAAGAAUAGACGACCUGUUCGACCGGGGAACGAAGAACAACGUACCGGAUCUUGUGGUGGUCGAGAAAGAUUGUAUAUCGAAAUACGAGCCUAAAUGUCAAGGGGAGAAGGCAUUAUGGUCACCGUGGACGGGUAUAGUUGAUUGGGCUGUAGUUACCAAACACUUCGCUGAAGAUUUUCGAAACAUGGGCGGUCAAAUAUUCUUAAAUUACGAGGUAACCGGAUUCACGGAAAUGGGAGAAUCGAAAGGGCAGAACGAGUUGGUUCCCAUUUCGGUGCAAUCGAAAAGUAAAUGUUUAGCAACAAAAUACGUUCUGACGUGUGCUGGUUUACACUCGGACCGAUUGGCGGUUAUGACCGGAUGCGAUCUAAGUCCACGAAUAGUUCCGUUUCGCGGCGAGUAUCUGUUACUGAGCGAAAAGAAAAAACAUUUAUGCACGACGAACAUAUACCCUGUCCCGGAUCCCAGAUUUCCAUUUUUAGGUGUUCAUUUUACGCCCAGAGUAAACGGUGACAUAUGGCUUGGCCCUAACGCUGUCUUAGCAUUCGCUAGAGAAGGUUAUCGAUGGUUCGAUAUAAACAUUAGAGACUGUAUAGAAAUGGCGAAAUUCCCUGGAUUGUAUAAACUUUGCUUCCGAUAUUUUAUACCGGGAUGCAAAGAAAUGAUCAAGUCGAUCUUCUACCCACUCGCUGUAAGGGACUUGCAAAAAUUUAUUCCCGAAGUAUCCUACAAAGACGUGAAAAGAGGGCCAGCUGGUGUUCGAGCACAGGCACUGGAUAAUAAUGGAAAAUUAGUCGACGAUUUUAUCUUUGAUUCGGGAAAAGGUAGUAUCGGUAGCAGAGUGAUGCACUGUCGUAACGCACCUUCCCCGGCUGCCACUAGCAGUAUGGCAAUUGCCAAGUUCAUUGCUGACAAAUUGGAAAAUGAUUUCAAAUUUUAAUAAGCAGAAAAUUAAACUGGAAAUGUAAUAAUCGGUCUGGCAAUUAGAAAAUUAUCGUCUGGUAGGUAUCUACAAUGAAAACUGAAAAAUUGUGGAUCCGAAUGGAUUUAAAAUAAAAAUAUCUGUGCUAUUCGAUGGCAAACGUUUGCUGCACCAUGCAUUGAAACGAACAUACUUUUUACUGUUUUAUACUAAAUUUUCUACUUACAAGAAAUACUUGUUUGAA